CUCGGCUGAAACGAUCGCAGAGGGAGAAACGGACGGGAUGCAAGUGGCGCCACUCGAGUCCGCGCCGCGAAGCGACCUCGUGCCGCAUCACCUCCACGGUCGGUGGGAUAUGGUGCGCGUCACUUGCGGCUUUUGCUACGUCUUCUUCUCGUUGACGUGCGGCUGGUUCUACUUGGCGCUCCUCGCACCGGCGUUUGCCAACGAUCUCUGGUGGCCGGGCUACAACCUGAGCGGUUACGAAGCCUUUCUCGUCGAUGCCACCAAUGUAGCGCUUGCCACGAGUGCGUCAGGGCCGCUCGACCUCCUCGCAGACGCGGCCAUGCAGCGCAAGGCGUACGACGCUAGCUCGUCCUCCACGAGCUUGUACCCUACUUACGUGCGGCAUCUCACGUUUCAUGAACUUAUGAGCGUGCGCUAUGCCAUUGCCAACUUGCGCUCGCUCAGCGCACCUUGGAGUCUCCGCAUGAGCACGCAGUAUUGCUUCGUCGACUUCAACCAGACCUUCCACCUCGCACACACAGCGCGUCGGCAAGCGCGUUGCCAGCAACGCUACGCUCGAAACGGCGCCGUCUAUCUGGAGGCCGUCUUGCGCAACGUCCAAUGGGAAGACUUCCAGGCGACGUGGGGCGGUCCUGGCAACUGGUUCACAGUAGCAGUUCAGUCGACGCUCGAGGCUAGCGUCCUAGGGCGGGCAUGGCUCGCUUCCACGUCCUCGGCACGCGCGGUGACGUCAACGACAUCCGAGAACGAUCUUUGGACGUCCAUGGGCAUUGAAAUCUUCCAGUUGCAGUGGACCAACCGGUGGCAGCCCGGCGUUUCCGAGACCAUUGCUCUUGCCAACGCUCUUGGCUACGAGCAGCAGGUGACGCUCAAGAGUCGGCCUCGUAGCGCGGGUGCGUGGACGUCGAUUGUGCAGUUCUGGCUACCUUUUGUUGAUAUGUGGGCCGCUACCCAGCUCAACGUGAGUCUCGUCAACAACACCUCGGUGGACUUUGUCGCUUGGUUUGGCCUCUGCGAUGCCGGCGGCGUCUGUCACAACCAGACAAGCGCCGUGCAAAUCUCUGUGGGGCCGUUGCUGGCUAUCGACGCCUUUUAUGUUUCACCACCGACGGCGUUGCGCGACACUUACCUUGCGUUUCAAGCCUCAUUGUACGCUCGACUGGCCUCGGACUCUGCUUUCCUGGCCGAGUUUACGGCACGAAAGAGCGUCGAUGCGCUGCUACCGACGCCGCAGCAUUGGCAACAGCACAUGCCAUUCUUUGGCGGCAGCCUUUUGUGUUUGCAUAUGCCCGGCACGGACUAUGUGCAAGCUGCAUUCGACUUUGACGAUGCUUGUGUUACUCCACACCCGUUUCUAGUUGCGCUACGCCCAGAGGCAGCUCUUUUCGCCGCCUGUGCAGUGCCAGAGCUGUCGGUGCAAAUACUCGGAGACGUUGUGCGGGAUGCUGGGCAAGUGCUGCCGUCCUCUGCCUUUAGCAACGCGUCAAAGAGUAUUCGUCCGCUUCAGCCACAAGUCAUCCAAUUUGCGCAGAAUCGAUCGACGUGGUCGCUCUUGCAGCAGCCGCUCCUCGAUGAUACGACAUUCGCAGUCUACGGCUGGAUCAUGCUCUACGACUGGGUGCAAGGCCGGCGCGAGGUGCUCUCGGUGGAAGGCGACGCGUCGUCAAUCGCACUCAUCUCGGCGUCCUACGACGCCCAAAAACUACCCACUAGCGGGGGCACCCGCUUUGUCAAGAACGCGUCGCAGAUCGCCAUCUACACGACCGCGUACGCGAGCGUCGUGUUGGGUCUCGUGGCGCUUCUCUGCGUUCUGCACGGCGCACGGCUCCGAUUUCGCAUUCUUGGUCGCAACCUCUUUCAAUUCAACCGCGUCGUGGGCAUGGGGUAUGUCGGGCGACCCAUCAUGCUCCUGCGCGGCAUCACCGCAGCCGCCAUGCUGAGCUCGGCUCAGACCAGCUUGGUGCGUCACGGACCUUUUACGCGACUACGCACAACGACGCUAUCGCUGGUCCAGAUUGCGCUGGUUGCGGGCGAGGCCAACUGGAUGGCCUAUGUUGGAAUCGACGUCAUUCAGAUUUUAUCGCCGACGGCCACGGCCACGUACGCCGGGGCUACGAGCCUUCAGGCGUGGAUAUCUACGAUCUUAUUGUCGGUCGUGAGUCCGGUGCUGCUCUCGGGUACCCUCUCACGCAACUGCGAUAGUCACAGUAUGGACUACGCCGUCUCGUGCUCUGCGGGAACCAUCUACGUCGGCAGCAAUGACCGCUUCACGACGCUGCUUUGGAUUCAAGCCGCAAGUGCGCUUGGGCCGUUUCUGUUGACGUUGCUAUGGCGUCGAUACCACCCAGUGCCGCCCCAUGCGAUACCAAUUCUGCUCUCGACAACGUCGAGUGGCGUUGUCACCUCUUGGCAUCCGCGCACCUCGUGGUCCAUGGACGAAGUGUCGUCCGUGCUGUGCGCGCUCAUCCCGCUGCGUGUCUUUGGCACCAAGUAUGUCUUUGAUUUGAGACUCUGGCGCGUCUUCCAGGAAGAGCCGUACUGCCAUGAUGGCUCCACGUACCUACUGCGCCCCCCUCGAUUGCGCUUUCAAAAGACAUCGAGGGAGCUCACGUGGACGCACCGCCCGCCCAAGUGGCCGUUCCAUUUCCACCGCGGCCUGACGCUGCUUGGUCUCUGGUACGUCGCCUUCUCAAUCGGUAGCAGCGUCUCGUACCUCCAAGUGGCCAGCGUCAACCUCGCAAACGACCUCAAGUGGGCCACCUUUAGCAUCAACGGCAUCCACACAUGUUUUGCCAACUGGUUCAACCAACAGCUCGUCCUCGGUGUUACCUCUGGCAGUUUCCGACUCGACGCUCCCUUCCUACUGCAACCCGGUCUCUUUGACCAUUCACACGGCGUGCUUUCUGGCUCUCUUCUGUUCGGCGCGCGGCUGCAGUACACAGAGGCGACGUCGCUCGACGCUGCAAUCUCAGCCCUGCGACACAUGGAUGCAUGUAGCGCACCGUGGCUCGCAUCGUCGUACUGUUUUCUGGACGCCAACCGAACGUGGGCAUUGGCGAGUUCACGCGCGCGACAAGAGCGCUGCGUUGCAUAUGCCGACAAUGCCGCAGUGUACGUGGAGGCCGUUCUGCGCAACGUCGUUUGGGCCGACUGGUUUGCGUGCUGGGGCGACGCCUUUGGCAUUGCCUUUGGAAACGACCUGCAAACCUCCCCCGACGGCCGGCGCUGGCUCACCAAUACGAUCCAAGCACACACUUCAAUUUUUGGGGAAGUUGCCUACUGGCGCCGCAGGGACGUGACGCACUUUACGCCAGCGUGGCAGAACUUCAAGCUCAUUGGGCUCCAGAACACGUACACGAUCGAGAAUGCCUAUGGAUUCCAAUACGCCUUCACGCUCCAAGCUCAAAACGGCACUUUCCGCCUUCGACAGCAGACCUCGUUCAAGAUGAAUUGGCCACUCGCAAAGGAUUUGAGCGCCAUUUUGACCAACAACAGUGGCAUCCACGGUCGCAGCCUCCUUCCGACGAGUGCCAACUACGCCUUUGCCAAUGCCACGCGUCAAACGCUACUCGUGCUGGCUGGAGAGCUCAUCGCUCCGCUUUCAGAGGCGCCGCAGCUCAUCGCCGACGCGCUUGGGCCAUACGGCACCAUCGACAGCACCUACGUGGCUGUGCCACCACGCAUCUCGGAAGUGUGCCGCCUUCUUUUAACCGGUCUGCGCAUUGCACUUGAUGCCAAUCGCUCGGCGCAGGCUCAGUUUUUUGCGAUUUCUACUGUCGACGCGCUGUACCCUGUGCCCGCACCGUGGUUGGAGGCUCCCAUUGCAGCGUUUGGAGGCUCACCGCUGUGCCCUGCGCUGCCGAGCACCAGCGGCGACACGGUCAUCACAUCCGGUAUGAAGAAUGUCGUCGCAUUCACGGCGACUUGCUCGAUGACGACGGGCUUGGACGCCAAGAUCGCGCCGACGACUGACCACCUCGUCGUUGCCGCCUUGCUUGCCAACGCUAUUAGCAACGCGUCUGCCCAUGCAAAUAUAUGCGCGCACGACCCAACCAACCUCGCCGCGUGUCCAGCAUAUUUACACCAAAUAUCGGAAUUUGUGACAACAUACCUCCCGGCCGCGAUCCGCGAUGCCAACGAGCUCGGCGUUCGGUUUCGACAUGACCUUGAUUUGCUUCACAUCUCGUUCAUGCAGUACGCGCGCUAUCCCGGUACUUCGACGCUGCAGCUUGCGACGCAACCGCUCUUUCAGCCAUCGUCGUCAUUUGACUUUUACGCCUGGUGCUUUAUGUACGACUGGGUCCUCGGGAACCGAGAGGUUGUAGCAUUUGUCGGCGACGCUGGGAACCUGACGCUCCUCACUGAUUACGAAGCGCCGUUGACGCAGGACGCGCAGGCCUGGGAAUUACCCAUUGAGCUCGCUCAGUACUCGCGUCUUGCCUCCACGUACGUGACGAUCGUCAUGAUCAGCAUCGCCUGCCUCGUCCAACUCUACAUUUACAUUGCACGCGGCUACGUCGAGGCGUUUAACCUUCUCGAGCUCAACCGCGUCGGCGGCAUGGUGUGGGUGGGUCGGCCGCUGCUUGCGAUCCGAAGUAUCUCGGCCGUGACGCUGCUAGCGACUGGUACCAUCGAGCUUUCGUACUCGGGCUACGUCACUCGCUUCGUCGAGGCGCCCAAUGCGUGGUACAAGACGUGGCUCGUUGCGACCGAAGUCACGUGGCUUGUCGCUAUCGUCAACGACGUCGCGAUGGUCUUCACGCGCGCGCACACGACGUACUACGCGACACCCAACAGCCUUCUCGUGUGGUUCAUCACCGCGUCGCUCAGCUAUUUUUCGCCCGUUGGGCACGCCGUCACCAUUGACCACAAAUGUAGCCUCGCGGACCUCGACUUUCAAGUCGUCUGCACCAGCGGCAACAUUGUCAUCGGCCACGUAGACCGACUCGUUCUGAUUGUAAGUGUCGUCGUGGCCUGUAACGUGGUGUGCUUCUUCGCGGCCUGGAACUAUCUGCGCCACGCAUCGUCUCCGACGAGCAGCGACUCGCGCAUGCUCUGUGCGGGCGCCAAGUACCUCUUCUUCGACGCGCACUGGACGUUUGGCAACGUCUACUACCUUGACCGCGCCUCCGCCGUCCUCAACGGCAUACUCACGUAUCGCUACAAGAACCGCUUCUUCGCACUCGACAUCAAGCGCUGGUGCAUCUACGCAGUAGAACUACCGACGACGUGGCGCGUCCCCGAAGACCAUCCCCUGUUUGCAGCGUCGCGCCACGCGUUCCCGUUGACCGAUUAAUGUACAUCUUCCACUCGUA